AUGGCGCUGCUCCGCGUCCUCUGCCUCCUCGCCGCCCUCAGACGGAGCCUGGGCACGGACACGGAGGAGCGGUUGGUCGAGUAUCUGCUGGACCCCGCACGCUACAACAAGCUGAUCCGGCCGGCGACCAACGGUUCCGAACUGGUGACCGUGCAGCUGAUGGUGUCUUUGGCGCAGCUCAUCAGUGUGCACGAGCGGGAGCAGAUCAUGACCACCAACGUCUGGCUGACCCAGGAGUGGGAGGACUACCGCCUCACCUGGAAGCCGGAGGACUUUGACAACAUGAAGAAGGUCCGCCUGCCCUCCAAGCACAUCUGGUUGCCCGACGUGGUGCUCUACAACAACGCUGACGGGAUGUACGAGGUCUCCUUCUACUCCAACGCGGUGAUCUCCUACGACGGCAGCAUCUUCUGGCUGCCGCCGGCCAUCUACAAGAGCGCGUGCAAGAUCGAGGUGAAGCAUUUCCCCUUCGACCAGCAGAACUGCACCAUGAAGUUCCGCUCCUGGACCUACGACCGCACCGAGAUCGACCUGGUGCUGAAGAGCGAGGUGGCCAGCCUGGAUGACUUCACACCCAGCGGCGAGUGGGACAUCGUGGCGCUGCCGGGACGGCGCAACGAGAACCCCGACGACUCCACCUACGUGGAUAUCACCUACGACUUCAUCAUCCGGCGCAAGCCGCUCUUCUACACCAUCAACCUCAUCAUCCCCUGCAUCCUCAUCACCUCCCUGGCCAUCCUCGUCUUCUACCUGCCAUCCGACUGCGGCGAGAAGAUGACGCUCUGCAUCUCCGUCCUGCUCGCCCUCACCGUCUUCCUGCUGCUCAUCUCCAAGAUCGUGCCGCCCACCUCGCUGGACGUGCCGCUGGUGGGCAAGUACCUCAUGUUCACCAUGGUGCUGGUGACCUUCUCCAUCGUCACUAGCGUCUGCGUCCUCAACGUGCACCACCGCUCGCCCACCACGCACACCAUGCCGCCCUGGGUCCGUACCCUCUUCCUCCACAAGCUCCCGGCGCUGCUCUUCAUGAAGCAGCCGCGGCAGAACUGCGCACGCCAGCGCCUGCGCCAGCGCCGCCACACCCAGGAGCACGCCACCACCGCCACCCUCUUCCUCCGGACCGGCGCCCGCGCCUGCACCUGCUACGCCAACCCCGGCGCUGCCAAGGCCGAGGGGCUCAACGGCUACCGGGAGCGGCAGGGGCAGGCGCCGGCCCCUGCGGCCGGCUGCGCUUGCGGGCUGGAGGAGGCGGUGGACGGCGUGCGCUUCAUCGCCGACCACAUGCGCAGCGAGGACGACGACCAGAGCGUGAGCGAGGACUGGAAGUACGUGGCCAUGGUCAUCGACCGCCUCUUCUUGUGGAUCUUCGUCUUCGUCUGCGUCUUCGGCACCGUCGGCAUGUUCCUCCAGCCCCUCUUCCAGAACUACGCCACCAACUCCCUGCUGCAGCUCGGCCAGGGCACCCCCACCUCCAAAUAGUGCCCGGGCAGCCGCCCACCCUCGCCGGCCCCAGGGACA